AUGGGCUUCUCACGUUCCGCAAGAAUCAUUACCCUUCUCGUCAUCGACACCGUAUUCUUCUUCCUCGAAAUCAUCGUCGGAUAUAGCGUCCACUCUCUCGCUCUCGUCGCAGAUUCUUUCCAUAUGCUGAACGAUGUCUUUUCCCUAAUCGUGGCCUUGUACGCUAUCCGACUCGCCAAGAGCAAGACCAAUAACAGCAAAUAUACUUAUGGUUGGCAAAGAGCUGAAGUUUUGGGCGCUCUCGUCAAUGGCGUCUUUCUCUUGGCUUUGUGCCUUUCUAUUGUUCUAGAGGCGAUCCAGCGAUUCUUUGACCCCCCUGUAAUCAACCAACCGGUCCUCAUCCUUGCCGUUGGUUCGGCCGGUCUAGCAUCCAACAUCGUCGGUCUAUUCCUCUUCCACGACCACGGCCACGGAGGACACUCCCAUGCGGAAGAAGGACAUGAAGGUCACCGACACUCUCACGGCUUGGAAGGUCACAUUCACACCGAUGACGAAAUCGAUGCUACGGACGAAACUGGCGACAUCGAAAGCGUCCUUCCCGAAACCGUCGUCGGUGUAUACCCUCGAAGACACUCUCGAUCCCACUCCCACAGCUAUCGCCACAAUCAUUCGCACUCUUUUGGAAGUUCGUCUAAGCACCGCCACUUCUCAACCGUCGAAGACAUUCACGUCCAUCCUGCCUUGAACAGACAAGCCAUCACCGAUGCUGCUGCUAGGGUUGGCCUUGGAUCUUCGUCAUCCAGUGAGAAUGAAUACCCAGAUAUUGAAGAGGCUGCCCUAGUUGAUGAGGAAUCCACCGAGAGGUCCCCACUCAUCGCAAAUGGUACAAAGCACAAAUCCAGCCAUCUCCACGACCGACCCCACACCCACCCACACAAGCACGACCAUACGGAAUAUCUCGCAAACCCGCCAAAGAACCCACAGUGGCACACGGAACACGAACAUGCCAAGCCCAAGCAAUCAAAGAAGGGGGGUCAUUCUCACCAGAACUUGAACAUGAGGGGUGUCUUCUUGCAUGUUCUCGGAGACGCCCUUGGAAACGUUGGGGUUAUCGCAUCGGCUCUAUUCAUCUGGCAGACUGAUUUCUGGUGGAGAUUUUACUUCGACCCUGCUAUCUCCCUCGUCAUCACCAUCAUCAUCUUUUCGUCCGCUCUUCCGCUCUGCAAGUCCGCCGCUAGCAUCCUCCUCCAGGCUGUGCCUAACGGUAUCUCCCUCGACGAUGUCAAGAAGGAUAUUGAAAAUGUUCCGGGCGUUCUUAGCGUCCACGAACUUCAUAUCUGGCAACUUUCCGAUAUCAAGAUGGUAGCCUCUCUCCACGUCAGAAUUGCAUUCAACCCACACUGCACUACAGAGUCGCAUAAGAACACCGAUGACAACCCAACAGCUAGGUACAUCGCCCUAGCGGAGGCUAUCCGCGAGUGCCUGCAUGCCUACGGAAUCCAUUCAUCUACCAUUCAACCAGAGUACUCGCCUUCUGGAUCCGGAAGUUCAACCCCUCAUCUCGCCCCAGCACCAGCCGGUAGCAGCAGCUCAUAUGGCGCUGUCAAUGGGAAGUCCAAGGCAUCCGAUGAUGGCGAUGCUGGUUGUUUGAUGGAGUGUUCGACCGAAUGUGAAGUUGGACAGUGCUGCGGACCUAUCGAUCCUAACGCUGAAGCUCGAGCAGGAGCCCAUGGACAUGCCCAUUAA